AUUUAAAUAGACGACUACCGAUUAGAAACGUUCUAUUUCGUGUCUUGCUGUUACUGGUCACGGCUCCGUCACUCCCAUUUUCUAGGGUUUAUCACUUAAUAUUCCAUCUCCUUGAGGUACUUUUCAACUCAUUUUCAGCCGGAAUUAAGUGACAAACAUGCCUGUAUAGAUCAGAUGAUGUGUGAUAGGUUGUUUUUAGAGCAAUAAUUUGGUUAUACUUGUUAGUAUAUACGAGGUUGAACGAAAAUGAGUAUAGUAGGGUUUGAUAUGGGGAAUGAGAAUUGUGUUAUUGGUGUUGCUAAGCAAGGUGGAAUUGAUGUUUUGUUGAAUGAGGAAUCUAAUAGGGAAAUACCAGCUGUGGUGUCGUUUGGUGAGAAGCAAAGGUUUAUAGGUUUGGCAGGGGCUGCUUCUGCGACAAUGAACCCUAAAUCGACUAUUUCUCAGGUUAAAAGAAUGAUUGGUGUGAAAUUUAGGGAGAUGGAGGAGGAUCUUAGGUUGUUGCCUUUUGAGACUAGUGAGGGUCCUGAUGGUGAAAUUUUGAUUCAUGUACAGUACUUGAAUGAGAAACAUAGUUUUACUCCUGUUCAGAUACUGGCAAUGUUGUUUGCUCACUUAAAGCAAAUGUCGGAAAAAAGUCUUAUGACAUCUAUAUCAAAAUGUGUUAUUGGGAUACCGUCGUAUUUCACGGAUCAACAAAGGCGUGCUUAUUUGGAUGCAGCAGAGAUUGCUGGAUUGCAUCCGUUAAGGCUGAUGCAUGAUUGUACUGCUAUUGCUUUAGGUUAUGGUAUCUACAGGACUGAUUUCCCCAGUAAAAGGCGUAGUAAUGUUGUGUUUGUUGAUAUUGGUCAUUGUGAUACUCAGGUUACUGUUGCAGCAUUCCGACCUGGACAUAUGGAGAUCUUGUCUCAUUCUUUUGAUAGAAAUUUGGGAGGGAGAAAUUUUGAUGAGGUUUUGUUCAAACAUUUUGCUACAGAGUUCAAAGAGCACUAUAAUAUCGAUGUUUAUUCAAAUACCAGGGCCGCUGUAAGGCUGAGGGUUGCAUGCGAGAAGCUGAAGAAAGUUUUGAGUGCAAAUCCUGAAGCACCUCUUAAUAUUGAAUGUCUGAUGGAUGAGAAAGAUGUCAAGGGAUUCAUAAAGAGAGAAGAUUUUGAGAAGCUCUCUGCAGACUUGUUCGAAAGGAUUAGCCAUCCUUGUCAAAAGGCUUUGCUCGAUUCUGGUCUGUCUAUGGAUAAGAUUAAUUCUGUAGAGCUCAUCGGUUCUGGAUCUAGGAUACCAGCUGUUAAGAAGAUCUUAGCUUCUCUAUUUGGUACAGAACCUAGGCGGACCCUUAAUGCAAGUGAGUGUGUGGCUCGUGGCUGUGCUAUUCAGUGUGCAAUGCUUAGUCCGAUAUACCGUGUUAAAGACUACGAGGUCAAAGACUCAUUUCCUUUCUCCAUAGGACUUUCAUUAGAUGAAGGUCUAAUCAAUAAUUCAAAUGGGAUUCUUUUCCCGAAAGGCUGUCUCUUUCCAAGUGAAAAGAUCCUUCAACUGCAUAGAAGGAGUACAUUCCAUAUGGAAGCAUUUUAUGCUGAUCAAAAUGAAUUGCCUUCUGGUAUAUCACCCCAAAUGAGCAAAUUUAUUAUUGGCCCCUUACAAGUGUCUGAUGCAGAAAAAGUUAAGGUUAAAGUUAAAGUUCUGCUAAACCUCCAUGGCAUUGUUAUGAUACAGUCAGCUACUUCUCUUAUAGAAGGUUGCAGGGAUAAUUCUAGUGGAAAGAGCAAUGCUCAUUCGACUUCUGAACACAUAGAGGGUGACAAUCAUGUUUCCUCUGAUGUGGCAAAUGGUGCAAGUGCAGAGUCUUACCUCCCAACAAAGCGCACUGCUGAUGAUAUGAGAGAGGAGGAAAUUCAGAGGCAGGAUAUACCAGUUAGUGAGAGUGUCUGUGGUGGAAUGACGUGGGCUGAACUCUCAGAAGCUCAAACCAAGGAACUCCAGCUGACCCAGCAAGACAUUAAGAUGGAGCGAACUCAGGAAAAGAAGAAUCUGCUUGAGUCUUAUGUCUAUGAGACACGUACUAAGCUUUUUAAUACAUAUCGGGGCUAUGCCGCGGAAUCUGAAAGGGAGGGGAUCUCUUCAAAUUUACAACAAACAGAGGAUUGGCUGUAUGAGGAUGGAGAUGAUGAAUCUGAAAUUGUUUAUUCAGAGAAAUUAGCACAUUUAAAAGAGCUAGUGGAUCCAAUUGAAAGACGAUUUAGAGAUGAAGAGGCCCGAGUUCGAGCGGCAAGCAGGUUGUUUAAUUGCAUUGAAGACUACCAGAAGGCUGUUGGGUCACUUUCCUCCGAUCAGAAAGAGGCGGUUCUGAUUGAAUGUGACAAGGCACAACAAUGGUUAUUGGAAAAGAUUCAGCAGCAGGAGUGUAUGCCCAAAAAUGCUGAUCCAGUUUUGUGGUCAAGUGAAAUCAACAAGAAAGCAGAAACCCUUGAUGCGACGUGCUUUCAUAUAACUAGGCCCAAGGAUUCAGCUACAAAACCAGAUGAAGUAAUGGAUGAUAGAAACGAAGAGGAUGAUAACAUGUCAGUAGAUUGAUGUACAUACAGAGACGUGAUGCCUUGGAAACAUGCCAAGUUAGCAACUUGAUUAACUGGGUUACCAGUACUGUGCAUAUCAACCCUUGAAGAAUUGCUGUGUUGACCAUCAGUUCAAAUUAGCACCGGCCACCAGCUCAAACUAGCACUGAGACUACAAGCAGACCAACUUUGUUGAUAUACCUUACAAGCUCAGUUGAGAUUAUUAUACCACGUGUUUACAUAUGAGUUGUGAGAAAAUAUUAAUGAUCAAGCUCUUUUAUAACAGAACUCGAGGUCCGCUGUAAAUGAUGGCCGGAUUUUGAAAAGAAUUUCUAUGUUUAAGCUUA